AUCAGCUGUUUGGAAAAUUUAUUUUAAAUGAUACAAAUCAAUUAAAUAGGCCAAAUUUACAAAACAUAAUUAAAAAUAAUGAACAUCGAUUUACGGAAAUUGUGCCGAAUUUGUUUUGUUGACAAUGCAGAAGUGGACAUUACAGAUCAUAAAGUAAUUACUGCAGGACAAUCAAAUGAUGCUGAUAUCGAUGAGGAGCACACAAUUUGCGAGAUAAUGCAGGCCAUGUUUCAUCACAUCACUCUGGACUUGACGUCGGAGCUACCAAUGAUCUGCAAUGCCUGCCUGGAGGAGUGUCUGGUGCACUACGCGUACUUCAGCAAACUGAUGAUUGCCAAUCGACAGCUGCGUCAAUUGUACAACGAAGCCCAAUUGGAGCUAUGUGAGCAGCGGGAACAAAUAUUGGAGGAUAACAUACAGUUUGUGACAGCGGACAUGGAUUUCGAUGUGAAGAAGGAGGAGCAGCAGGAGGAGGGGAAGGAUCAUCAACUACCGCUGGAGUUUAUAGAGCUGCAGUCGGAAGAACUGGCGCGACCCUCGCAGAGAUUAGCAAACGAGGACUCGCUGAUAGUAUCGGAAUUCUUGCCCGCAACUGAGCUGGACGAACAGGAACAAGCGGAUAUAGAUCAGAAUUUGGUGCGCUUUCCGAGCUAUGAGCUGCGCACUCUGGACUAUGCAGCCGUUGAGCUGAAACACGACAACCUGGACGAGUACAACGAGACGAAUCGUCUGCUAAACACCGAACCCAGCGGCAGUCAGGCCAUCUACAAAUGCAAAUACUGUCCGCUGGCCUAUGCGUCCCAGCAAUUCCUGAAGACACACGUGCGCAGGUCGCACGUCUGCAAAUAUUGCACGACAGCAUUUGAAAAAGUCAAGGAUCUCAACGCCCACAUCCGGGACAAGCACGCCAAUAGCCAUCAGUGCGUGGUCUGCAUGAACAGCUUCAGCACCAGCAGCAAUCUGCGGGCUCAUCUAAAGCGGAUGCACGGUGUCCAGCUGCCCGCCCAAGUGGCCCUCCUCGACUAUCGUCCAGCCCAUAGGGAAAGUGGACAGCCGAGAACCUUUACCGAGUACGAUUAAGUGUAUAAAUAAAUUCCGAAUAACCAUUCAUG